CCCAGGGUGAAUUCUGCGGUACCGCAUACCUUGAGUAAGAAAACGCUAUCCAGAACUUGAAUUGACUGAUCUUUUGAACAUGUACUAUACUCUAACUCUUAAAUAUCAAAAUCUAGGUCUUAAUUCUAUAAUCUUAUAUCCCAAGAUCAAUUUAAUUAGAAACAGUAUUCGAUGGUUAUGAUUCAUCCAAAUAUAGGCAAAAAAGGAAUGCACCAUCUUAGGGUUUAUAGUUUAUGAUUUAGAUAACUAGUAGCUAGGGCUCUCUCAUUAAGGGUUAGGGUAUAUUAUCAUGUCCAAAAAUCGUGCUAAUUCGAGGUCUAGAUAACGUUUUCAUACUCAAGGUAUGCGGUACCCCGAAUUUCACCCGAGGUACCGUAGAAGACACAUAUAUGUAAUUGUUUAUAGGCUAAUAACUAAAUUAACCAUUAGUUACAACAAUCAUUUGUUUUACAUAUCACUUAAUUUGUCUACUUGUUUUCUAUGCUUCUACAUUUAUUGCAACUUCAACACUACAUGAUCGUUGUUUUACAACAUUUAGUAAAAUUUUGGCACAUUUAAGUUGUGUUCGUGUUGAACUUUUAUUUCAAAAUGGGAGUUAAACUUUGCAUGUUAAGUCAUACGAUUGCACUAACUCAGUCAGGUUGCGGGUUUGAACAUUUUGGUUAAUCGGGUUGCGGCCUUGCGGGUCACUUUGGAAUGGGAAAUGAGAGGGAGGUUUGGGUGGGAACUUUGGAAUGGAAAAUUUAUGGGCGGGUGAAUAUGAGCCAACAAUUAUACUAAACUUGAUAAGUAAUCUUUGACGGUUCGUUGUUUAGGGUAUAAAGUAUAUGGUUAGGGUAUAUGGUAUAAGGUACAGAUGGUUAGGGUAUAAGGUAUUGAUGAUUUUGACGGUUCUAAGUUAAUUAUUAACAUAUUUUCUCUUGAAGUCAUUUGAAGUCUUUAAUAGCAGGAGAUCCCUUUUUAAGGGUUAAUUGCAUGGUUGGUCACUGAGAUUACGAAAAACGUUCAUGUUUGGUCACUCGAAAUAUUUAAAUCCAUUCAUAGUCACUAAAUUUAGUAAAACAAUUCAAGUUUGGUCACUCUCCGUUAAACUUCGUUAACUUUGUCUAAUGUGGCAGUCAACUCUCAAAGUUGACUGUUAAAUGUAUAACGUAGCAAUUAAAAAAAAUUCAAAAUUUCCACCUCACUACCACUAGCACUACCACUAAAAUGAAAAAUAAAAAUAAAAAUAAAUUGAAAACGCCUGCAACCUUUUUGUUUCGCCGCUUAAGACUUCCCUUUCCUCUUCUUCUUGUCGCCGCUGCCAAUCCACCGUCGUCACACCUGUUCACACCAACAACACCCACCUGCACUUUCCCCUUACCCCAAUGAACAAGAAAAUUCCUUCUUCAACGACCCAUGGAGAAGAAGGAGAAUAGAGGUGGUGUUGGUGGUCCGAAGCUGAAGAAGGUCGUCGAUCUAUGGACAACGACCAUUCAGAUCUUGCCGUCGGGGAAGUUUUACUUGGAGCUAGGGGAGGAGGCCAUGGAUUCAUUAGCAGCCGAGGAGUUAAGGUUUCCAAUUCCAACAAUCUCUUCUGACUCCGCCAUUGUCGCGAAGCUCUGUGAGGGUGCCAAAAGCGGCGGAGGAGCAGGAAAAGAAGAGCGGGAGAGACAGGAAUCACAGUAGAGCUGCAUAGGAGCAAGUUUCGCUGAUUUGGAGAGAAGGAUGGCCGAAAUUUGGAGAUCGAUUUAUCCAUUCCCUUCCUACUUCUCCACUGGAUCGAUUUAUCGAGUCGCGAAAGUUGAAGCAAAGCGGCGACGGUGGGCAACAAGGGACUGACGACGACAAUGGCGGCAUUGGUCACCGUUCCGCCUCUUCUCUCUUCAUCUUUCUCGAUCUGGCCUACCUCACCUCUCACAUCUCGUCUGCGAAAAUCCAAGACCGAGAAAUUGAAGAACCCUAAUCGCCAUUGCGAACUUCCUCCUGGAAAAAUCCCAGAUCCAGAAACUGAAGAACUCUAAUUGUGGCGGCCACAACCACCAUUUUCACCAUCAAAACUUCAUUGAAAUCAUCCUAUUCCAAAGUCUAUUGGGCGAGAACUCAGUCAAGAAAAUCUCCUCUUUUCACCAUCAAGUCUAUUGGGAUCAUUGCCAAAUCCCAACUAGCAAUUCAAAGAAACGGAAUCGGAAAAC